ACCUAGCCGCGCAAUGGAGCCGUGGUGCUGGGCCGGGGUCCGUGGGCAGGGCCCUCAGGGCCUCCGCGUGCCCGGGACCGCCCGCGCCCGCACCCGCGCCCUUCUGCUGCUGCUGCUGCUGCUGCUCCUGCCUCGGCGGCCGGCAGGCUGCUUGGCUGCAGACGAAUCCCCGGGGGCGCUGUCCACAGUCCGGACAAGGCCCUGUACCUCCAGAGCCACCAGUCCCUCAGGCAGGGUUCGCCAUCCCCGGCAGGCUCUGUCGACUCCGCUACCAGGCACUUUGGACACUUCGGGCAUUACCGGCUCGGUCCCUACGCCACCACCAGGCGCCUCGGGCACUUCUUCAGGCACUACUUCGCGCACUUCGGGCAUUACCGGGUCCGUUCUUAGCACGAAACACAUCAGCCUCCCCUUCUGUGGCUACUCCCACGAGCCAGACCCUACUCUCAGGGACCCAGAAGCCAUGACCCGCAGGUGGCCGUGGAUGGUCAGCGUGCAGGCUAACGGCACACACAUCUGUGCUGGCAUCCUUAUUUCUUCCAAGUGGGUGCUGACCGUGGCCCAUUGCUUGAUCCAGGACCAUGUUAACUAUACGGUGAGGGUGGGCAGCCCAUGGAUCAACCAGACGACGGAAACCAGCUCUGACGUGCCGGUACAUCAGAUCAUCAUAAACAACGGGUACCAACCCAGGCGGUACUGGUCUUGGGUGGGCCGGAACAAUGACAUUGCCCUCCUUAAACUCCAGUCGGGGCUCAAGUAUAGCAAAUAUGUGUGGCCCAUCUGCCUGCCUGGCCUGGAAUACGUGCUGGAAGACAGUUCUAUCUGCGUUGUGACAGGCUGGGGAUACCCCCAGGUGGAUGGCAGGUGGCCCCAGUUCCGGACCCUUCAGGAGAAGGAAGUCUCCAUCCUGAACAGCAGGAAGUGUGAGCACUUUUACCACAGGGAGGCCAGAAUCUCCUCGCUGGUGCGGAUCAUCACCCCGCAGAUGAUCUGCGUCUUGGACAAGAACAGAGACAAGUUCUGCUAUGAGAUAACCGGUGAGCCCUUGGUCUGCACUUCGGACAGCGGUAUAUGGUACCUGGUGGGAAUGAUGAGCUGGGGCCCGGGCUGCAAGAAGAACGAGUCCCCACCCAUCUUUCAGCAUAUCUCUCCCUACCAGCAGUGGAUCUGGGACAGCCUUAGUGGGGAGCCCCUGGCCCUUCCAGCCCCCUCCAGGACCUUGCUCCUGGCUUUCCUUCUGCUCCUCAGCCUUCUUGGCACUCUGUGACACUGGCCAGGCCUCUCUCCUUGCUCUCCUCCUCGGAGUUCGGCUGUGGGUGUGGCGCUCAGCCAGCAGGGACUAGCAGAGAUUAAACACUUGUUUUU